ACAAAACCCAACUCCCCCUCGUUCGAGCUUCGCAACCGACGACACCCAACCCCCAAAACCUCACAUAGCUUUGAGUUCUAAGUCAAAGGAGUCUAAAUCCAUCCCUCCCAAGACUCCACAACACCAUCUCCAAGCUUCUUCUCCAUCAAUUCAAGGAUGGCUCCUAAACGCAAACAAAAUACUGGUGCUUCAUCCUCCUCUUUCACCGGCAACCGUUUCACUUCGGUUGAAAAUGAAAAGUGGUACGAGGAGCGGAAAAAGUGGAAAAUUGUGGAGGAGAAAACAGUGCACCCGGACAUCGACGCUGUUUUCAAGCUCACUGAGAUCUUCGCCCGUUUUGGAUGGGCAAUGAUGCUUACAUUGACAGGAGCAUAUUACCCCCGGUUGGUCCGGGAGUUUUACGCUAAUGUCUCGGACAAAGAGACCGGAUACGCGGAAAUCCAAACAACGGUGAAAGGGAGACACAUCAAAGUUGACCCGGACCUCCUCUCCAACAUCCUUGAAGUUAGCAACACGGGCCCUACCUUGGAAUACAACCAAACCGGCAUUCUAAGUGACAAUUCCUACAAUGAGGCGGAUGCACGGCGGUUCUUCGGGCUCAAGACAAACCUACAGACCAAGUACCUAUGGCACAUUCACGCUCGCCUACUCGUCUAUCUUAUUGGCUUCAACAUUGUCCCACAUGCUAGUGACCGCCACUUGGUUAGGAGGAUUGAUCUAUACCUUCUUCAAAAGAUGCUAGUUGGCCUAGGAGACAUAGAAGGGAUACCACUACCACGACUCCUCCUAAAAAAUAUGAAAAAUGUGGUGAUCUCCAAACAAGGUUCAAAAAACUUUUGUCACCCCCUUUUACUCACCAAGAUUUUCAGGCACUUUCAGGUUGACUUUGAUGGAGAGGAAGUUGCUUAUACCAAUGAAUCUAAUGUCUUGGACAAAGAAACAAUGAUUGCCCUCAAGCAUAAACUGUCCAACUCUGGAAAAUGGUAUUUUGCCGACGGCAUAGGUUUGCACAGAGAUGAUGAUGAAGUAAACGAGGAGGCCAUGGAAGAUGCUCAUGAUGAUGAAGCCGCACCCGAACCACCACAGCCGCCACACACCACCGAUCCCGCGAUGGCAUACUUGAUGCAUUCCAUGGCUCGAAUGCACACGCGGAUGGACGAGCAAGAAGCACGCCACCAAAGGUUUGAGGAGCGUUUCGACACAUUCACCAACUACUACUACUCCCAACAUGGGUACCCCCCUCCCGAUCCACACCAGUGACUCCCCCUUGCUCCUAUUUCAUUUUUCUCAUGACAUUACUUUCCUCUAAACACACCUUUAUUGUGGAUGUUAUGAAAGUACUUGUUUAUCAUGCAUGAUACAUUGAGACAAUGUAUUACAAGUGUGGGGGGGUGCAUCUCAUGGGUAGUUCAAAACAAAUUUUGUGUGCAAAAAUAAUGUUUUUUUUAGGAAGGUAAAAAUUGUCAUAAUUCUCUUUUUAAAGGGUAUUUGGUUGAGAAAGUUUUUUUUUUUUAUUUUAUUUACAAAAGUUAUCAUUUUCUUUAGACUACUCUUUACUCUUGAAAAUUACUCCAAAAAAAAAAAAAAAAAAAAAUUCUUGUGACUAGAAAGCAUCUCCUUCCUUCAUUUCCAAAAAAUGGUCAAUAUUACAUUCAAGCACCAUUUUGGAACACAAAACCCAUUCUCACACCUCAUCAAAUAAAUUGGCAUCAUCAAAUGACUUUCAGUAAAUACUAGUUGAAGACCUUUUUCAAAUGAGUUAAAAAAAAAAAAAAAAAAAAAAAAAAAAAAAGUAAACAACUCAUGGUCUCAAUUUAGUAGCUCAAUUGAUUCAUACAAUUGAAAGUCAAAAACACACCAAAAAGCCAUCCCACUCGCCCAAAAGAGUCACAGUCACAAAUC